AUGGUUGAGAAAUUGCCUGAAAAUGACUUCAGAAAGGAGCAAAUUAAUGCAAUAGCAACAAGGAAAGGAUGCACUGUAUCACAGCUAGCAUUGGCCUGGGUCCAUCAACAAGGGGACGAUGUUUCUCCCAUACCCGGCACCACCAAGUUUGGAAAUUUCAACCAGAAUGUUGGAGCUUUAUCUGUAAAACUAGCACCUGAUGAAAUGGCUGAGCUUGAAUCUAUUGCUAUAGUUGAUGCAGUAAAGGGUGAUAGGUAUUCAUCUCCACACAUGGCUCUCACUGGAGAUUUGCAAACACUCCACCUCUGUCCUCUUGGAAAGUUGAAUGAGGAUGAUCUUCUUGGUACCCGCCAAUAA